AUGUUGCUCCUCCACCAGACCGGCAGCAGUCUCAAGAUAGGCGAGGUCGUGCGCUACACCGUGACGUACACUCCGUCACAGGACCGCAUACUGCCUUCCCCCGAGUGUUUAUACCUACGCAUCAAGAAUAGCUCUGGCAUCGCGCUCCGAGCCGCCUUUGUCCACGGCCCCUACAACCUCUCCGUAGCUGCCUGGCCCGCGACCUUCAACCCCAACGAGACUUUCGUCGAAGAUGCCCAUGUCUACGGCGUGCCCGAGUUCGAGCCCAUGCUCAAGGCGGGUGGCUCGUGGACAUGUCGCCUGGUCGUCCCCGAGCAUAUCAGGCAGAGCGCCGGCACCGGGCGCUCCGGCGCAUACUUUGGGAAUGGGCCAGAACACGACGAGGAGAAGGUGUCGUGGGUCGUAGAAGUUGCCUCCCAGGUCAUCUUCUCGACCUCGGCUGCCGUACACUACGACCUGCUGCUGGCAAGGGACGAGAAGUCCCUGAGCCUCUCCACAAGCAUACCAGUGGUUGGCAACCAGGCCCAGGUCCCUCAGCCCGGUCGGGUCAGCGACUUCCAGCAGAGCAAGGGCGCCAAGGAGGGCAAGCACGCCGCGCCGAGCAAGGGUGUCUUUUCGCGAGCCAUUCAUCUGAAGGUGGAAGACACUGCCAGCAUGUGGAAUACGCCUGAGCUACCUGGGAUGGAACAGUCGGCAGAGAAUAGUGACGCUGCGACAGGCCCAGACGCAGAUGCUGUGCAGACAACCCAGAAAUCGGAAGAUCCCGCGCCAGAAGACCAGAGAUCAAACAAAAAGAAGAAGAAGAUACAUCUGGUUAUUCUCACCCAUGGCCUGCAUAGCAACCUUGGGUCAGAUAUGCUCUACAUGAAGGAAAGCAUCGACGCUGCCGCCAAGCAAGCCAAGAUUGACGCCAGAGCAAGGCGGAAGAAGGAGAGGGAGAGUCGUAAUAAGGAAUCUAAGGGGUCAGACGAGCCAUCUCAUGCCCGUGCGGUUGAAAAGGGCGAUGACGUUGAGGAUGAGGAUGAGGGCGACGGGGAAGUCAUCGUCCGAGGCUUUUCUGGAAAUGCUACACGCACAGAGAGGGGCAUCAAGUAUCUCGGCAAGCGGCUGGCUAGAUACGUUUUGUCUCUUACGUAUCCAGACCAACCAUUCCUGCCAGCUGGAAAGGCAGCCCAAGAAGUGCUCUCCCAUGCUCUCAAGGGUGAGGCAGCUGUUCAAAAGGAUGCAGCCGGAAACCCAUCUCACAAGCACAGCACAAUUCACAAGGCUACGGCCAGCGAGUCGCGCGCAUAUCGAAUCGCUAGCAUCAGCUUUAUUGGGCACUCGCUGGGUGGUCUUGUGCAAACCUACGCCGUUGCCUAUAUCCAGAAACACUCGCCACACUUCUUCGACUUGAUCAAGCCAAUCAACUUCAUCGCACUCGCCUCCCCUUUCUUGGGCCUCAAUCACGAGAACCCAAUGUAUGUCAAGUUUGCCCUCGAUUUUGGUCUCGUCGGCAGGACAGGACAGGACCUGGGCUUGACCUGGAGAGCACCAACAAUCGCUAGGAACGGCUGGGGCGCGAUUGUCAGCAAUCUCGGCGAAAAUGCACACAAGAAGGUCAUGGGGGAGCCACAACCAGAGUCGAAGCCGCUGCUUCGCAUACUCCCCACUGGUCCGGCUCACGUGGCCCUGAAAAAGUUUCGGAACAGGACGGUGUACUCCAACGUUGUGAAUGACGGAAUCGUACCGCUGCGAACUAGCUGUCUGCUGUUCCUCGACUGGCAGGGCCUGGGCCGCGUCGACAAGGCACGUCGUGAGGCUGGCCUUGUCGAGACCGUGGUCGGGUUCGGGUGGGCUGAGCUCACUGGCACAAAUGUGACCUCUCCACGGAACGGACCGUGGACCCCGAAAACCGACAGCGAGAACAAAAAUCCCUCUACAGGCACGACCACGCCUGUGGACGGAGGCGACGUUCAUGCUGUUCCUCAACCGCCCACGGACGCAGUUAUGGAAGAUGACAGAGCGAGCCUGAGACCCGUAACGAGUCCUAUUGGGGACGAUGACCCCUCUUAUCCGCAAAAUACAGCUACCACUAACAACAACCCUUUCUCGGGCUUCUUCUCAUUCUUCAAACCAAACACUGAUCCUACCUCCCCGAAACCUGCUCCGCCACCUUCUGCGAAGCAACAGAAGAUCUACCAGCGCAGCCAGACCUUGCCCCUCGACGCCAAUGAGUCAGAAACCUCACAACCACCACAGAAGUCGAAGGUCACCUCUGGCCAUGAGCUGGGUGAGGACUCCGACAGUGGUGUCUCGGCGCCUCCGACGACAAGUUUCUUUGAGUCUGCAGGAGAUCUGCUCAACCCAAAGCUGCCGUCGGUCGAGUAUCUGAUUGAUCCAGAGUCGCGGCCAAGAACUAUUUUCCACGACCGCGUCUACCACCCGCAAGACAUUCCACCGCCGCCUCUGAAGAAGCGGCCCACGGGCUCUUUAGCUACGCGUAGGACGACAUUUAAAAGAUUGGGGUCUUCGUCUAGCAUCCGUGCUGAGAGCAGCGGUUCCUCGCCGCAUCCUGGUCCUCCCCCCUCUCAUCAAGACUCCAUGGCUUCCACCAAGGACUACGACGACACCGCCAACACAAAUCCAGACAAGGAACCUGAUGAGGUUGUUGACGGAUCGAACAUGAAGGUGGAAGAGAAGAUUGCUCGCGCCUACCAUCGUGACCUGUCCUGGCGCAAGGUCCUGGUCAAAUUGGAGCCCGACGCGCACAACAAUAUGAUCUGCCGCCGCAUGUUUGCAAAUGCCUUCGGGUGGCCGGUGGUGAAGCAUCUUGUCGAUGCACACUUCAGCGACUCCGCAGUGGCUCGCCGGCGUGACGAGGACGAGCAGGGUACCGAGAGAGCCAAGGCGGCCGAUGAAGCACCAGACAAGCACGGCAGCGAAACGACGGAUCGCAGUGACGCCAACCCGGCCGCUCCGAGCCAGAUACAAGGCGAGCUGAAGUCGCACACGCAGGCGAGUGAGGAUCGCGAGGCCGCGGACAGUGUCCCUGACCUCCCUUCCAACCCAUAUGGCAGGCCGGACGUGGCCCUGCCUUCGCCUGGCCGAGCCCCCGACAGGCCCGACAGCAUGUGCUGGAGUGAUCGCGAUUGGGCGGACAGCGCAGACGAGAGCGAUACGGACGUGUUGGCUUCGAUCGGUGGCGACGAAGGGAAGAAGGUCCCCGAACGCAGCACGAGCCCUCUGAGCGGUGCGUACUGGACAGAGAAAAUUGUUGGAAAGGGUGCAACGAAGAAGAGGCGGAGCAAGUCACCAGGCGACAAGCAGGAGGAAGGUCAGGCCGCGGCGACGGCAGCAUCGCUCUCCCAGCCAUUGACGUCUUCCGGUCAUGUGUCGGGCACUCCGGACGCUGCAAUUACUCAGCCGGACGAUGUAGAUUGAUUCAUAAUGCACUCGAGCAAGCAUGUAUUGUAGUGGCUCUGGUGGUGGGCAUGUGGUAGGACGGAAAUGUUGCGUGGUAUUGCAUUGCAUUUCAAGGGGGUGUGGAGGGGCGGGUUGCAUAUUCAGCAUGGCGUGGUAUUGGUCAUUAUAAACGAGCACUGACAUCCAGAAAUGCACUAUACAUUUGAUAAAUCGGAUAAACGAAUACAGUUACCAAUCCC